GGAAGAAGAGAAGCAGGGACGUUUGGAAAAGAGUUUUAACGGAGCGGACGUUCAUCAGGAUCAGCAGCAGCUUCAGGUUUUUAUUUUUAUUUAAAGAUGCUCAGUUUGUUUUUCUUCUGUCUCAUCUGGUUCCUGCUCGGCUGCAUCCAAAGCUCCACAGGAACCCUCAGACCUCCAGAGGUGAUCCGCCUCUCGGUCCCGGAGGACCACCACGUCUGCCUGCCGUGCUCUGAUGACAGCUGGGAUGUGGUCUGGACUCUCCGGGACAGGAAGGUCCUGGUGACCCGACGGGGCGACCACCAGACCAACGAGGACCGGCAGCACUACAUCCUGAAGUCUGACGGAGUCCUCUGCCUCCUGAAGCUCGACGACUCGGACAGCGGAGAAUAUCGAUGCAACCAGAGGCUGGAGGCGGAGCUGCAGGUGCUGACAGGUCAGACCUUCAGGGUGUCUGCGGGCCGGACUCUGCUGCUCUCCUGCAACGGCAGCUCCGCCAGGAACAAACAGAGGUGGCUUCACCAGAGGGUGGGAGGCCGGAGGCCGGAGGCCAUCCUCACCCGCUUCAGGAACGGGACGGUGAGACUGGAGAGGGAGGAGGACGAUGAUGAGGAGGAGGGGAGGAGUCGGUUCAGCUUCGUCAACGACAGCCUGCAGAUCCAGAACCUGCAGCCAGAGGACGCCGGAGAGUAUCUGUGCAACGGGGUUCUGCAGGCCAAAGUGUCCGUCCUCCCAGUGAGUCCAGAGACGACCAGCGUCCAGUCAGAGACCAGGACCAGUCCAGAGUCUCCUACAGCGACAGAUGUUUUUGACGCCGACAAGAAGAAGAAGAAGAAGAAGAAGAGGAAGAAGAGCUCAGAGAACGCUCUGCUGCUGGUGGCCGUGGUCGGGUUGGCGCUGAUGGUCGUGCUCAUGGCCGCCGUCUGUGUUCUACUGAGCGGGAUGAAGCUCAGGAGGAAGAGGAGGAAGAGACAGGAAGCCGGUGGGAGACGUGAGGACACGGAGCUGCAGCCGUGGAAGACGUCCAGAGGACAAACAGGUAACGAGGGUCCAGGUCGUGAUGCUGCUGCAGUUUCCGCUGCAGGACUGAAGCGGUUCUGUCUCUCUUUAGAGUCCGAGUCUCUGGAGGAGGAGGAGGAGGAGGAGACGAUCCACUACGCCUCCCUGGGCCGACACAACUGGAGGGAGCGACCCAGCAGGACUCCCCCGGACCAGAACCACCACAGCGUCAUCUACUCCUCCAUCAUCACCAGAUAAAGAUGGAUUCAAACUUCAUAUCUCACGUCUCUAAGUCUCUGUCUUCACACCUGGUCUUAAUUCAUUAAUGAACACGAGUCUCCACAUGCGUCCCCAGCCGACACUUGAGAUCUGAUCUCAGUCUGCGUGUAAAUCAGCAGCAGCGCCCCCAUGUGGUCAGUAGAAUAUUGUAUCAGCUGCUGACUCUGAUGGAUCUCUACCUACCACUGGACCAGAACCAGAGACACCAGACUUGAUCCAGAUUUAGGAACCAGAUGGAAAGACUCUCACAUGACGAUCUCAUUUCUUGGACGUACGCCGCAUAAAUAUGUGUCAACUUCCUGUCGCCAUCUUGGAGGUCAACAGAGCUGUUAACAUGCUACAUGCUACAUGCUAAGCAGAAGGAAGGAAGAUGCUACUUCUGCUGCAUUUCUCUUAUUAAUUUCUACCAGUGGAUGAAAGAAUGAGUUAAAAGGUGGUCUUCACUGGGACCAGGACUCAAUGUGGGUUCACAUUAACCGAAGGAAUGAGGUCACAUGGGUCCCAGACCAGAUCAGGGUUCACACCUGGACCUAAUGUUUGGUCUCAGUCUCUAUAGGACUCUCACUGAAAAUCUAAAUGCCAACCCUGGAUUCAGACGACUGUUUUACUUUGGUGAAUUUUUUUCUCAUUUUUUAAAUUUUCAUGUGUUAAAUCCAGAUGAAUUUAUUUCUCAUAUCUGGUUCCUGGUCCUUAAACUAAUGGAAACAUGUAUUUGUCACAUUAGGACGUCAGAGCUGAUUCAGACACUUGUCAACAUCAUCACAUUAGAAACAUUCUUCAGACCAGAUUAGACCCUGGUUAGACCUGACCAUGUUUCCUUGAUCUUCUCUGAUUGGCUCAUUGAAAACCACAUGAAAACAGGCCUCACUGACAGAUGAAGAAUGACAUGAAGUUACCACAUGUAAAGCCGGGAGUUGUUCCUCUGGUGCCUGGUUCAUCUGUUCUGGUGUGAACCACAGUCAGAUGAGUCUGAAGCUUCUAUCGAGUCGUCACAGACACACAAACGCUGACACAACGUUGUUCGUAGACACAACUGUGGUGCAGCAGCAAGUUCCUGUGACCACAGCCGCCGCUGACGCUUCAGGUUCGAUUCUCAUGUUCUCACAUGUUCUCACAUUUCUAAGUAUUAGCUGUAAAAUAAAAGCACUUUCACUUUUAACUGAUCUAAUGUGUUUAUUAAUCCAGCAGCUUUUAGUCUUUAAUCAUCUCAGGUUCAUUAUAAUUAACUCAUGAUCUAAAGAAAGUUGUUUUUGUCUGAAUAAUUAUCUUUAAAAAUCUUUUGUCACCUCAAGAAAUUGAAAUAAAGAGGUUAAUAAAAUAAUGUUGAGCAGA